AUGACCACUGUGGACACCAUCCUCGCCGCCAAGUAUCCGGCUAAAGCCCAUGCGCGCCGUGUCGCCGAGUCUAUCAAGAUCCGGCACGGCGGGGCCGGUGCCAUCUACCUCGAGGCUCAAAAAACUCGUUUGAUCGAGGACAGCGACGAGGCUAUGCCCUUCCGCCAACGUCGUCCUUUCUUCUAUCUCACUGGAUGUCUUUUGCCUGAUGCCGCCGUGGUCUACGAUGCCGUCGCAGACCAGUUGACCCUGUUCAUUCCUCCAAUCGAUCCCGAGUCGGUUAUUUGGUCUGGUCUCCCGCUGUCUCCCGAGGAGGCUGCUAAGCUUUACGACGUGGAUCGCGUUCUCUUUACGACCGAUGUCAACUCGACCCUGGCGUCGAUCGCCUCGACCCACAAUGGACAAACUACUGCGUUCGCAAUUGCCGAGCAGGUGUCAGGGGAAACCAAAUUCGAAGGCUUCGCGGAAAUCAACAUUUCCACUUUGAAGUCUACCAUUGAGGACACUCGUGUCGUCAAGGAUGCCUACGAGGUUGCUCUCCUGAGAAAGGCGAACGAUAUCUCGGCCAAGGCACACAUUGCCGCCAUUAAGGCCGCCAAGACCGCAACCAACGAGCGCGAGAUCGAGGCCGCAAUUAUCGGUGCUUGCAUUGCCAAUGGAUGCCGUGAACAAUCCUAUCACCCUAUCGUCGCCGGCGGUGAGGGCGGUGCCACCCUCCACUACGUCAGAAACGACGUUGACCUUGUCGACCCUGCCACUGGCAAGCGGAAGAACAAUGUCCUCAUCGAUGCUGGUGGCGAAUAUCAGACCUACUGUGCCGAUAUCACUCGUGUCAUUCCUCUGGGUGGCCGAUUCGCGCCAGAGACCCGCCAGAUCUACGAGAUUGUCCUCCAGAUGCAGACUGAAUGUAUUGCGAUGCUGAAGGAAGGCGUGUGCUGGGAUGAUGUCCACGCCUUAGCGCAUCGCAUUGCUAUCCGUGGCCUGUUGAAGCUAGGCAUCCUGCGUGGAUCCGAGGAAGAAUUAUUCGAGAAGCGUGUCAGCGUGGCUUUCUUCCCUCACGGCCUCGGCCAUUACCUUGGAAUGGACACCCAUGAUACCGGUGGUAACCCCAAAUAUGAUGAUAAGGACACCAUGUUCCGCUACCUGCGUGUCCGCGCCAACCUUCCGGCUGGCUCCGUGAUCACCGUUGAGCCCGGCAUCUAUUUCUGCCGUUUCAUCAUUGACCCUGUUCUGAAGGCCCCAGAGACUGGCAAAUACAUCGAUACCGAGGUACUGGAGCGGUACUGGAGCGUGGGAGGAGUGCGCAUUGAGGACAACAUCCACAUCACCAAGGAUGGUUCGGAGAAUCUGACAACCGCCCCGAAGAUUAUCGAAGAGGUUGAGAGCCUGGCCUUGUAG